UUGUGACUGGAAGCGCGCCAGUUCACUUCUGUUAAUAUAAUAAAAAAGCAUUAGCUUAUUGCGUGAUUAACCACAUGAUCUUAUAAAUUUACAAUAAAUAAAAACCUCCAUGUAAGAGUGAUAGUUUUCAUAAUUUUUUUUGGAGCAUAAAUGUGUUAAUGGAAUAGAAAAAAUCCAGAGUGUGCAAAGGUCAUAUGAGUGAUCUAAAGAAGUUUACAUCAAGAUAUAACGAUUUUAGAAGUUUUAAAGUUUCACUACGGCUUCUAAAGCUUUACCCGCAUCGUCUUUGACGGUGUUAGAGUCUUGGGUGGCCAGCAAAGAGUGUAGUGAAUAGUGCGACCGUGAACUAUACUGAUUUAUUUAUCGUAUCGAAUAUUCAGAAGCCAUUUAAAAAGGUUGAUUAAAAAUAAACAAUCCAUGAGUUGCAGUGAUAAUAUUUGAAUGACCAGCACGAAAAUUCUUGCCUUGGGAAUUGAUUAUGCUGAAAGCCAAGUAUCGUGGCAAUAAAAAAAGCUCAUUGAGUGUGUGAGUAAGUAAGCAGUGCGCAACGGCGCAAUAUGGAGGAGAGUCAGCUGUUGAUGACCGAACUACCAGCGUUAACAACGGGAGCAACGCGUGGUGGUGCUUUGCUACACAGGUCUGGGCAUUAUUAUCACCUGCAUCAACCGCACCUGGCUAUCUCGACACCUCAGCAAAACCAGUCUCGCCAAAAUGCAGUCUGUGUACCGAGCUAUAUGAAUGGAGCGACAAAUUUAAGUAACUAUGUACAGGGCAUUUCCCGGCACUUAACAGAAACGCAAAAUGAAGACGCCGCGCCCACAAGUACUCAUAUUUCAUGUCUUUACCCGGAAAUUUUGGCCCUUAUAUUCAGCUAUUUAAGUGUAAGGGACAAAGGCCGGUCAGCGCAGGUAUGCGUAGCAUGGAGAGAUGCCGCUUACCAUCGUUCUGUUUGGAGAGGGGUGGAAGCCCGUCUGCACCUGAGGAAACAGGCGCCUGCCGUUUUUGCGAGUUUGGUGAGGCGGGGAGUGAAGAGGGUCCAAGUGCUCUCUUUGAGAAGAGGUCUCGGGGACGUUAUUAAAGGCAUACCAAAUCUCGAGUCCCUCAAUCUUUCUGGCUGCUAUAAUAUUACGGAUUCGGGCCUUACCAACGCCCUCUGCCAAGAAGUUUCUUCCCUUACGGAGUUAAACCUGUCUCUAUGCAAACAAGUGACCGACGCUUCGCUCGGAAGAAUUGCUCAGUAUUUAAAAAAUCUUGAAUCCUUAGAAUUAGGUGGAUGCUGCAACAUCACUAACACCGGAUUACUUUUAAUAGCCUGGGGAUUAAAAAAGCUCAAGAAAUUGGACCUGAGAAGCUGUUGGCAUAUUUCUGAUCAGGGUAUUGCUCAUUUAGCAGGCCUCAAUCCGGAGACUGCUGAUGGUAAUCUUGCUUUGGAGCAUUUAGGACUUCAAGAUUGCCAGCGUCUUAGUGACGAAGCAUUGAGACAUGUUUCUGCUGGGUUAGCUACUCUAAAGUCCAUCAACCUUUCAUUUUGUGUCUCUAUAACUGACUCUGGGCUUAAGCAUCUUGCAAAAAUGUCUAGUUUAAGAGAAUUAAAUUUACGAUCUUGUGAUAAUAUCUCGGACAUUGGUAUGGCGUAUCUUGCUGAAGGUGGUAGUAGAAUUUCUUCCUUAGAUGUUUCCUUCUGUGACAAAAUAGGCGAUCAAGCACUCGUGUAUAUAUCACAAGGUCUUUUUAAUUUAAAAUCAUUGUCAUUGUCUGCGUGCCAAGUCAGUGAUGAAGGAAUAUGUAAAAUAGCGAAAACACUUCAUGAAUUAGAAACACUCAAUAUUGGCCAAUGUAGUAGACUCACAGAUAAAGGACUCUAUACUAUUGCAGAAAGCAUGAAAAAUUUAAAGUGCAUUGAUUUAUAUGGAUGUACUCGAAUAACAACAAGUGGAUUAGAAAAGAUUAUGAAAUUAUCGCAGCUCAGCACACUAAAUUUAGGCUUAUGGCAUGUGCGGUGAUGAGUGCAUUGAAUUUUUUAGUGUUCAAACAAAUAUGUCAUAAUGACAAAAAGUUUCCAGACUUUUUUUUUACAAGACUUUAUCUUUUAAACUAAAAUUACUGUAAAAUUAUAUGCAAUUGAAGAAUGGGAAAAUGAAAAAUGAGAGCAAUUUAACAUUUAAGAUCAUGCUGAAUUAAAGUUAAUUAUUUGUUUAAUUGAUUCAUAAAAUUUUCAGCAUUGUUUUUACCCAAACUUUUGUUAAUUCUUUACGUUUCUGUGAUGUAAACAAUAAUUGUUUUCAUUGAUAAUUUCAUGGAUUAAUCAAUAUGAUUAAUGAAAUGAGUCAGAAAAUAAGUAAAUGCGCAUUUUAUGUGUACCAAUUGACUCAAAUUGUCAUAUUUGUCAGACUCCAAAUGAUGAUUAACUUUUCGUAUAAUAACAAUGUAUAUCUUUAACUCGGUAAAAUUGUUAUGACUUAUAUUAUAAGUGUAUUAUAGCGUUCAAUUGAUGAACUUAAGCAAGUGAAAAUGUCGUUUUUUUAUCAUUAUCAUUAAUUAUUACUAUUAUAAAUAUUAUUAUUAGACUAAUCGCCCAAUUGAAUGAAAUGUGAAUGUAAAAUUACAUUCAAUAAUCCAUGUUACGGCUUUAUUGAAUUUUUUCGUGGCAAAAAAUUCUGAUCGGUUGUUACUUAAUUGAUCUUUAUUAGUUUUCAUUGCAUUUGGCCUCUUUUAUAGAUGAAUUUGUAUUGAAUAGAUGGUAUACAAUAUAAUUAUCAAAUAUACCAUCCGAAAGAUGUUUUAUACUAUAUUAAAUGAAGAUUAUAAAUUUAAUCUUUGAGUAUGGGUGCGAUAAUGAUGAAUUAAGCGUCAGUUUUAUAAAUAAUAUGUAUAAAGAUAUUGAUAACAUUAAAUUUCAUUGUUUCUACCUCGUUUUAUAUAUAAAAUGAAUCGUUAAUAUUCAAGUUUUCACUUUUUUUUAAUACGUUUAAGUUUCGGAUGAAUUGUAACUGUAUGAAUGAAUUGUGAUAAACAAUUUUGUUUGAAGCCAGAAUCUUUUGUUAUCACUGGCAUUCUUUAAUUUUUGUAUCACAGUUUUCUGUUAAUCAUUUUUCUUGCUCAGUUUAUGAUAAACAAAAAUAUGUGAUAAGUAGAUAUACUACGAAUCUCGUUGAUUCGAGGUUGGAUUUUUGAUAGUUUUAUUAUAGGAAAAUUGUAUUUGAGAUUCGUAAAUGAUGAUUUUUCUAAAAUUUUAAUACUUUAAUUAUUCAAAAAAUUAUCAAUAAAAAUUUUUUCUAAAUUAAUUCAUAAGAAUUUUAUAAAUUUUUUCUCACGUUGAUAAAUUUCGCUGAUCUAUUGAUUUUAUUACCAAUGUUGAUCUCGAAGUCGUUUUUUUGCUAAAUAUUUUUUUAUGAUUGAUUGAAAUGUAAAUAUGUUGAUAUGAUCUCCAAUACUUUAUUGUGUGUCAGCACGUAUCUAAAAUAGAACAAAUUCGCAUUUGUAAUUUUCAAAAAAAAAAAAAUCACAGAUUAUAUUUAAACCAAGGAUAAUGUCAAAUUAAUAUAUAAAAUUGAAUUUGAUCAUGUAGCUCGUUAUUUCAAGUAAAGAACAUGCUUCAUAACAUAUACGUGUGUGAGUUGUACAAUAAUCAUGAUGAAUACUAUCAGCAUGUACUGUAGAGUAGCAUACGGAAGGAAGUACAGCUACAAUAAACAGUUCAAUGAAAUCAAAUUAAUUAUUAGUUAAGUAGGAGCGAAUUAAGAUUAAUACAACCAUAAAAGCAAUUUUCAAAAACAAAGUUACAUUAUAACUACAGUAUCUAUUUGGUCGUUUCCAUAGGCUUCUAUAUCAUUUAUUAUACAAAAAAAAAAACAAUGUUAAAUUUUUUUUUUUUUCGUUUUUUACAUGCACACGAUUGAUUUUUUUUCCACGUGAAGUCUGUGGAUCUGACCUCGUGUGCAAUUUAUUACAUUCAAUCGUCCUUUAAAUUCUGAUUAAAUGUUUAAAGUUAUAUUGCCAUAAUGUAAAGCUAAUGAAUUAAUUUUUAUGUAUUCAUUUUGUACCAAUCAUAAUUUUAACAUUUAUAUUAAUAAUUAAGUAUAAAUAAUAGUGAAAAAAAAAAAAAUAAUGAAAAGAAUAACAACCACGAAUGUAAUAUCAUCUAGAAAAGUGGCCUUAUCGCAUUAAAUCAGCACGCAUUUAUUUACAAAUACAAUAUUAAAAAAAUACAUAAGUUCAGGCUACAAUAUCAUUAUUGAUUGACGUGAAAACUACGAAUAAAUUCUUACGUAAUGAAAAAUUGUCAUCAAAACUUUUGCUGCCUGAACUCUAAUGUCGCUUAAACGAUAUUCAUGGUAAUUGCCGAAAUGUAUCAGAUAAGACAAAAAAAAUUUGUUAGGGAAAAAAACGCCUUUAAUGUACCGCUCAUUAAAACAAGUAUUGUAUAAUUGAUCUACAAAAAAAGCUUGUAUAAAAAACAUUGCGAUCAAUAUUAUGAGCGGAAUUGUAUUGAGUGCAUCGUCAAAAUGCAUAAAAAUUAAUCGUGUAAUAUUUUUUGUGUACAAUUUCUUGUUGAAAUAUAUUAUUUUUAUAAAA